AUGGGAAGUGCAACUCCAACCUCUGAUUCCUCCUAUGUUCUGCGCAACCACCGACCAGGGGAUAUGGGAUGGAUCAUCCACCGACAUGGGAUAUUGUACAGCCAAGAAUAUGGCUGGGACGAGCGUUUCGAAGGACUCGUCGCUAGUAUCGCUGGGGACUUCAUCAAGAACUACGACCCGAAAUCAGAGCGCUGUUGGAUCGCCGAACGAGACAACACCUUCCUUGGAUCCAUCAUGCUAGUCAAGGAUACCAGCUCAAACGAAAAUGCGGCAAAGAUUCGGUUGCUCUUGGUGGAGCCGAGUGCUCGGGGACUCGGGCUUGGUCGUGCGCUGGUACGACAAUGCGUGGAGUUCGCAAGGGAUGUGGGUUAUUCAUAUGUCAGAUUAUGGACUCAGAGUACAUUGGUCUCAGCGCGGCGAAUUUAUGGAAGGGAAGGAUUUGUACAUGUUGCAUCAGAGGAGCAUGCAUCAUUUGGAGUCAAGAUGAUCGGUGAGGUUUGGGAGCUGAAGUUGUAG